CGGUGGAGGGAAAAAAAGGGAAAAAAAAACGAAGAAAAAAAAAGGCACAUCUGAGGGGUUUGAGGGGCGGAUUUGGACAAAGUUUCCCAACUGUCCCGACCCGAGGAAGCUCCGGGGGGGUUGACGGGGAAUCGAUUUCACCGAAAUAAUGGACGAUUCCCAUUUCAACUCAUCAUACUUUUGGUCUCCCGUCCCCACUGUACAAGGACAGAUCGAGAACGCCAUGUUCCUGAACAAGGCAAAGGAGCAGCUAGGUCCAGAGAAGGCCAAUGCGCCCUCCUUCCCUCACUCGUCUGCGUCUUCCACCUCCUCCCCGCACUACCCCACAGCUGUGCUCGCCAUCCCCAGCUCGGUGGACGCAGGGCCUGGUGUGCGGGUUGUCCCCAAACAGGAAGGAAGUGGGGGUACUGUAGGUGGUGGUGGCGGCGGUGUACCUUUAAGUGCUGUCGGGGGACACCUGCACCAGUCGCACACCUCCCAGAACGUCACCGUUGUGCCUGUUCCCUCCACGGGUAUCAUGACUGCAGCGGGGUUAGUGAUCACCACCCCUCAAGGCACACUGGUCCCCACUGCCUCCACGCAGUCCUUUGUAGCUGGACCCCCCACUGCCACCACCAUGAUAGUGUCUGCAGUGCACCACUCAAAUACAGACAAGAAGGAGGACAUCACUGUCCCCCCUGCAGUCGUAAUGCCAGCUCCAUCAAAGCGAGGCAGGAAGAGCAAACAGCUGAUGGGCCGCGUGGCUGGAGUGGGUGGGGUCCUCCCUCCGGGAAGCGAUGCAUUAAUAUUGGCACACCUAGCCGCUGGCGGACAGCAUCACGCUGCCGACCCAUAUGACCUGUCAAAUGAUGAGGAUGAUCAUACUAACAAGGAUGGCCCCAAAUCUUACAGGUGUCGGAUGUGUGCAGUGACGUUUUUCAGCAAGUCAGACAUGCAGAUCCACGCGAAGUCCCACACUGAGGCCAAGCCCCAUAAGUGCCCCCACUGUUCCAAGUCGUUUGCCAACUCCAGCUACCUGUCCCAACACAUCCGCAUCCACAGCGGGGCCAAACCCUACACCUGUACCUACUGCCAGAAAACGUUCAGGCAGCUCAGUCACCUACAGCAGCACACACGAAACCACACUGAGGCCAAGCCCCACAAGUGUCCCCACUGCUCCAAGUCGUUUGCCAACUCCAGCUACCUGUCCCAGCACAUCCGCAUCCACACUGGGGCCAAGCCCUACACCUGCUCCUACUGCCAGAAAACAUUCAGGCAGCUCAGUCACCUACAGCAGCACACACGGAUUCACACUGGUGACCGACCGUACAAAUGUAACCACCCAGGCUGUGAAAAAGCUUUCACUCAGUUGUCCAACCUACAGUCUCACCGUCGGCAGCAUAACAAAGACAAGCCCUUCAAGUGCCACAACUGUAACCGUGGUUACACAGAUGCUGCCAGCCUGGAGGUGCACCUGUCGACACACACUGUCAAACAUGCCAAGCUCUUCUCCUGUGGCCUCUGUAACCGAUCCUAUACCUCGGAGACGUAUCUAAUGAAACACAUGAGGAAGCACAACCCCGACCCACUGACGGUGGCAGCAACAGUCGCUGCUCAGCAAGCCCAGGGGCUUACACCAGGCGGGGGAGGGGGCAGGGGCCGAGGCCGUGGCCGAGGGAGAGGAGGUGGUGCGGGGAGAGCAAGCCAGCUCCAGAGUCAGACCAACCCAAAUAACACCAACCAGAACCCAAACCCAGGACCCCCAGGCAGCUACCAGCAACCCACAGAAGCUGUGGUUCCAUGCCCAUUUGACCUGCACCAGUACAAGACAGUGGCAGCCAGUGAGAUCCAGUACAAACCGGUCUCUGUGGCGGACCUACCAGUGGUCCACAAAGACCUUUGCCUCACUGUCUCCACAUCAGCCAUACAGGUAGAGCACAUGAACUCGUAGGCUGCGUCUUCCCACUCUGUUUCAGGAAUUAUUUAGUGUCUGAAGUGUAAAAAGAUUCAUAUACACAAGUAAUUUAACUGUAUUCAGUAUUAUAGUCUUUUUAAACCAAGAGAAAAAUGGCUAAUGGGGUAAUUAAUUAAUCAGUCAGCUGCAAAUCAUCUGGCUAAUUGAUACUAAAUAAUAAUGCAACAGGACACCAGUGGAAUCAGUUUAGAUUAACUUUCCCGUGGCUUUGUGUGACACUGUUUUGAAAUGGAUUGUUCAAUCAUGUUCCAAAGUUUAUUUAUUUCACUCUGUGCCAUUUUUUUCUACAUUUUAAGAAGCUUUAAUGCUGAGUACAACCUUAAAUUACUUGUUAGAACACAGAGAUUUUACAAUGCGUUUCUCAGUUCCUGAGCCCAUGUAUACCACGUAUCUCUCAGUAGAAAUGCUGGUCGAGGACACUGAUACACAGUAAGUAGUUUAUUCUUCAGCCUGGAGCAGCAUUUCCUCCAGCUGGUAAAGACUUUACCAAAAACCUAAUCUGAGAUCAGUUUUGGCUUUUACAUCAUGAUGAGAUGGUAAUUAAAUCCAGACCUGAAUUUCUCAAAAGCAUCUUUAUUCUAAUUUCAUCUGUGAACUAAUGGACAAGUCACUUGAUUUGUGAAACACACGUAUUAGCUGAUCCUAAACCAGCAGUUCUGCUUGGAGAAUCUUGAUAAAAGAGGCUCACCGGUGUCCCUUCUCUUUUGUUAUUGCAUUGUUUGCAAUAGGCAUCAUCAGAGAAUUAAGGUGUAAAAUAUCUGUACAAUAACAUAAAAAUACACUAUUCUCUGCACACUUGUUCAAAGAAUGGUGUAAUUUUUAACACAUUCAGAUCACAUUAACCUGAACAUUGUCCACUAUUUAGUUCAAACCAAAACAAGGGAGGGAAAAAAAAGAAGGAAUCAAUCAUGAAAAAACUGUGGAGAUUCAUCACAGCAACUGAAACAGCAAGGCCGUGCUGCUGAUCUGGAAAAUGAGAACGGAAUGAUCUGGAAAAUGAGAACGAACUAAGUAAAUAAGUUUGUAUGACACUGAAUGACACUGUCAAAGACAACAGAAGCUGGAUCAGAAAAGCAGGAUUGGAGCCUGAGAAAACACCACAAAGGACAAGGACCAGCAGGAAGAAAAGAAUGUGGUGUAUUGUGGAAUCAGGCUAAAGCCUGGUGCUGAAUCUCUGUGUUCAUUUCACAAAUCUGAUGUCCUUAUUUAUACCCACCUCCCCUCAGACAGUGAGGAGAUGAGGAACCAUUUCUUUGUUAGAGCCCAAAGUAUUGAACAAAGGAGACAGAACAGUUCACGAAUGCACUAAGUGUGAGGAAUCUGGAGCAGAGUAAGAUGUAAACACGAGAGAGAGAGAAGGGGUUGGUGGGGAGGGUGGGGUCAUAAAGAAAGCACUUGAUGAAGCUUGUACUUCACGCCUAUGUUUGUCAUCAUUGUACUUUUUUUUUUUUUUUUUUUUUAAUAUAUCAUGUAUGUAUUUUUCUACCAACAGAGGAACGUGUGAACAAACUCGGAGAGAAAGCAAAGUGAGUGCAUGAAUGUGAAGGGAACAGUGAGAAAAGUCCUAGCAGAGCGUUUUUGUCCCAUGUUUUUCUUACUAUUCAAAUGAAGACGGUUUACUAUCCUCCAAUGAGUAAACGCAGCCCGACUUGUCAUUGUCAGGGUGGUCGUUGGGGAAAUAAUGAUUGUGUGAUAAAAAUGGCUGACAGGUACUGUUAUCAAUCUUUUUUUUUUAAAGAACUUUUCAUACAUAUUAUUCCUACUUUCAUUAU